AUGGUAGGCCGAAGGUCGCUCCGUAUGAGCGUUCUCACUGUGUAUCCCUCUAUUUCUCUACAAAACCCCCCUUUCAUUGCUCUCAUUCUCUUCAUUCCUCUCUCUCUCUCUUUCUUUCUCUGUAAUCACACAUCAUUAUAUAUAAUAUACAUAGCCCAUCUGUACAUUAUAUAUACAUACACAGAGCACAUCUGUGUAGUGUUAUCAUACUUGCCGAACAAUGACAGAACCAAACAAUUCAGAAGCUGCAAGCACCAGCGGCUCAUCCACAUCUUCACCGUUCGAGCCCUCUUCCUCCAACUCCGUCUCUGUCUCAUCCAAAAGACCAAAACCCCAAUCCCCAGAGCAGAGCACGCCAAAAAGACCCAGAGUCGACUGUAGCAAACACCCGGUCUUCCGGGGCGUUCGGAUGCGCAGUUGGGGGAAAUGGGUGUCCGAAAUCCGCGAGCCCCGCAAGAAAUCCCGUAUUUGGCUCGGUACAUUUUCCACCCCUGAAAUGGCUGCACGGGCGCACGAUGUAGCCGAGCUGAGCAUUAAAGGUAACUCCGCGGUACUGAAUUUUCCUCAGCUCGUUCAUGUGCUACCUCGACCACUAUCAUCAACACCAGGUGACAUUCAGGCCGCCGCAGUUAAAGCCGCAGCCAUGGUCCAAUUUGAUUCAGAGUCAUCUUCUUCUUCCUCCUCAUCUUCAUCAUUGUCGUCUUCGCCAGGAGGAUCGGAAUCGGAGGAGCUGGGCGAAAUUGUUGAGUUGCCGAAUAUAGAAGGAAGUUUUGAAUUGACCGAGUUGCGUACGGACUUCUUACUGCUUGACCCGGUUGAUGGGUGGGUCUAUGAUCCGCCAUUCGGGCUGCAAGGAGCUGAACUUUGUGGGGAUUUUUGUGAUCAGAUAUUGACGUUGGAGAAUUCGAUUCCGACCAACUUCGAAGGUCUAGUGUGGGAUUAGUGGCCAAAUAAUUUGGUGUGCUAUUAGUUUUUUUUCGCUCUACCAAGUAAUUUCGCUACGUACGUUUGCUCAUUGAACGGAUCUUCUUGUACUGUAAUACAAUAGAUUCACACAAUUUAAGAGUUCCUUUUU